AUGCCCAGUGCAGCACAAUGCACGGUCAAAGACGGACGACUCAGAGGUCAUUCUCGCACUCUUAAUGUCUUAUCGCUUCCGGUGCGCGCGCAGGCCUUCCGGGGAGCAUACAAUGCCCAAAUAGUUGUUAACGUCAACGGAAUAUUCACUACUGCACUUAUAGACAACGGAAGUGGACUCACUUUAUUUCAGGAUACCGCAGCUGUCCUCUUUGGUAUUCGGGACUUAGAUACACCUUACACAGAUCUGGCUACCGGAGUAAGCGGCCAUACGCUCCGCAUUACCGACGCUGCGACCAUGGAUCUUAAAAUUGCAGGCUUCAGCCUCUCAACUUUAAUCCAUUUUACCGACAACAAAAGCAUGACACUUGGGACCUCUAUGAUGCCUUAA